GACACCCUGCCCCAGGGCCCAGCACCCUGAGGAUCCAUAGUCUGCUGGCCCGUGGCCAGCGCGCGAAGCCUCUGACCCCACAGGUUCCCCCCGCAGCAAUUCCACGAGGCAGCAUAUCUGGCUGACGACCGGUAUGACCUGCUCAGUGCCAUCAAUGAGUUCCUGGACUGCAGUGUGGUGCUGCCGCCCUCCGAGGUGCAGGGCGAGGAGCUGCUGCGCACAGUAGCCCACUUCCAGCGCCAGAUGCUCCAGAAGCGUGAGGAGCAGGAGCGCCGGGUGCUGCCAGGUACUGCGCUGGAGCCUAAGUCACCCGCUGAGAAAGCGCUGCUGAAGCCGAAGGUGGUGGAUGGGGAGGCGGAGGAUGAGGACGACCCCCUGCGGCGCACGGGCCGGCCCUUCGGGGGGCUCAUCCGUGACGUGCGCCGGCGCUACCCCAAGUACCUGAGUGACUUCAGGGACAGCCUGAACCCCCAGUGCGUCGCCGCCAUCAUCUUCAUCUACUUCGCCGCGCUCUCACCAGCCAUCACCUUCGGGGGGCUGCUGG